AUGGCAUAUGAACAAAAACCAGUUGAAAAUGAAGAUGAACUUGCACUGAUGUUGACAGAGAGGUCUCUUCUAGACGAUUUCCCCAAGCAAUAUACUGACUCUGUGCGAAGUGGCAAAAGUGUUCAAUUUAAUGUCUUGGACUUACAAGAGCAAAGACAGUGGGAGGAAGAGCAGUUGAAAUGUCAGGUGAAGUUUGAAGAGGCUCAGAUAGACCCCGCCCCCUUCCAGCUAGUGGAGAGGACUUCCUUACAGAAAGUUCACUCUCUGUUCUCACUGCUAGGCCUGAACCAUGCCUAUGUCACCAAUACAGGGAGAUUGGUAGGAGUGGUUGCACUUAAAGAGGUGAGGAGGGCCAUUGAGGGCCAGGUAGAAGAAGACCAUGAACUGAUGCGGACACACAAGCAUGGCAAUACUGUGGAACUGGAGAUGGAAGUGCGGGAACGGUCGGAUAGUGAGGCUUGAACUACAUCAACUCAUCAGAUAGUGAGGCGUAAAUAAUAAUUGCUCAUGGUCAGUUUGGAGCAGAAAGGAAAGUGAAGCACAUGGAAACUGAAAUAUUUUAUCAGGACAUGAAAUAUGCCAGAAGACAGUGAAGAGAACAUUACUAGGAGCUGUGUACCAGUAGAGAGAGAGGAGAGUAUGAACUCUUAACAUUGGUGCUGUGGUCAGAAUACUUGGUGUUUACCAUGUACCCCCCUCUCACUGCUGACAUUAUGCAUUUAGAGAGUUAUCAAAAUAAAGAACAAAGAGAUAUGGCAUGUCAUGAUAGUCCAUGACUUGACAGUCAGUGUCAUGGUAACCAUUGCCAUGACAAUAUGCCAUGACAGUGCAUGACCUGACAUUCAGUAUAUGGUAAUUGUUGCCAUGACAAUAUGCCAUGACAGUGCAUGACCUGACAUUCAGUAUAUGGUAAUUGUUGCCAUGACAAUAUGCCAUGACAGUCCAUGACCUGACAUUCAGUACCAUGGUAACAAUUGCCGUGACAAUAUGGCAUGACAGUCCAUGGCCAGACAUUCAGUAUCAUGGUAACCGUUGCCAUGGCAACAUGGCAUGACAGUCCAUGACCUGACAUUCAGUACCAUGGUAACUGUUGCCAUGACAACAUGCCAUGACAGACUAUGUCGUCAUAUACAGUUACACAGUAACCAUUGUUUCAGUUCAUAAUAAUGCCAAUAUCAUUUUAUCCAUGUUAAAUUUAUUUGGGUCCUUAAGUAAAUAAAUACAUUGUAACUACUGGUGUAUGGGGGUGGGGGGGGGGGGGGGUUUCAUGCCAAGGCAGUCCUUUUGUACCCAGAGUUUAAGAGUCUACUGUAGACUGACCUGUGUAAUCAUCAUGUCUUCCAGAAAGGGAGGGGAGACAAGAUGAUAAUACAGCUUACUGGCAGUCUACUCGAAACUCCAAAACUCUGGAUGCCAUUUUAGUCAUAUAUUUGUAUAUAUAUAUUAACAUUACCAUAUUUUUUAUAUCUCUUUUUGUAAAGACUGCAUUAUGAUUUAAAUUAGCUUUUUGAAUGGUCAAAUGAACCCUUGUUUUCUUGUUCUGUUUAUUUCAGUCAUUGGCAUAUUAUCAUUAUUCAUAAAUUUCAAUUAUCACGAAACAGAUACAACUGUAACAGUGAAUUUCCCUCUGGGUUUUAACUGUUGUUUAUAUUUGACAAAAAGAAACAGCACUAUACUGUCAAGUGCAAGGAGCCAAGUUGUUUUAAAAUAGGUUGUUCUAUUAAAAUAGACUGAACUGUUUUUAUACACUGUGGUGUACAGUGUAUGUCCUCAUAAAUAGAAUUAAAAUAGGUUGUUCUAUUAAAAUAGACUGAACUGUUUUUAUACGCUGUGGUGUACAGUGUUUGUCCACAUAAAUAGAAUUCCUCUCUCUUCUUUAGAAUGUCAAUUUAAUACUUUUGAUUUACUGAACAGCUGUGGCCAACAAACAUAUAUUAUCUCUAUCUUAUAAAGUAUAAGGGUGUGUGUAUGUGUGUGAUCAUUUGUGGGUGUGUAACAGUAUAAGAAACGUUGUGCAGCAUAAAAUUUGUUAAUACUACAAAGCAUCUCUGUGCGUCAUGAUAGCCUUGUGUUUAAAGUUGGAGUCAUGAUGUGUAAAAAAUGAAGUCAUCUUUUUCAGAUAUUCUAGUCUUACAUACAGUAUGUAGUAUUGGGCCAGAAUAUCACUUGGUUGUUGUGGGAUUUUGUACUUUUUACUAUUCAGUCAGAAAAAUUUCAUUAGCAUGGUGGGCCUCAUAUAAUAUGCUUACAAACUUGAGCAUUGGUUGAUCAAACAUCAUUUACAUUUAGAUUUACAUUUACAUUGUUUAUGCAUCAAUUAUAUGCAUAUGUUAUUGUUUAUACAAAAUGAAGUUAAUCCAAGCCUGAUAUGUGUAUAUCUUAGUGUUAUGCAAGGUGUAUUUAAUUAUAACUAACAGCAGUAUUAACUACAGACUUCAAUACAGUGAUUUAGCUUGCAUCAUACCAGAAAG